CGCCGGGUCGGCCUUUUCCGCUUGCUAGUUCUCUGAUCCACACGUGGACCGCCGUCUGUGUUCUGGCCAGAAAUUCAUUCCUAUUGGCGUGGACCAGCCAUAUUGAAGGACAGAGUGGCAACGGAGGUCAAGGAUCUUGAGCUGAUGGAUUUUGCUGCUGAAAAUGAAGAGACGUCGGGAGGAGGUCUCCAGAGUGGAGCUGAAGGGGCGCGGCUAAGUCUCGAGUCAGAUGGAGAGAGAGUCAGGGGCACAGUAGGAACCGAGGAGGCCGGCGGUGGAGAGGCGGGGAAUGGACUGACCGGAAUGGGGAAGACAGGGGAAGGGGAAGAAGGAAAUGGACCAAGGGCAGAGGAGAUGCGAGUGGACCUAGCAGUUGUGAAGCAAGAAGUAAUGGACUGGUCAGAAAUGGAAGAAGGUAUGCGGAAUGACCAGUGGGUAAAGCAGGAGGUGGAGGAUGGGCCUGAGGUGAAAGAGGAAAAACCAGGCACGUUGGAGGUGAAGCAGGAGACGGAUAGUAGUUUGAUUGUAAAAGAAGAGAACGUGGAAGAACCAGAGCUAAAGGAAGAGAAAGUGAAGGUGAAGGAAGAAGUGAUGGACUGGCUAGAAGUGAAGAAAGAGAAGAAAGAUAGCUUGGAGAUUAAAGGCGAGGAGAUGUUUCUUGAUCAGAACGUAAAAAAGGAGGAAAUAAUGGAUGAAGUGUGUGUAAAAGAAGAGAAGUAUUUCCCUAAAGAAGAAGUGAUGGAUGAUACGAAGGUGAAAGAAGAGCCUCAGAUAAAUCCCCCAGUGGGCUCCAAGCGGAAACUGGCCAUGUCAAGAUGUGAAACUUGUGGUACAGAAGAAGCAAAGUACAGAUGUCCACGUUGUAUGCGCUAUUCCUGCAGUUUGCCCUGUGUAAAGAAACACAAAGCAGAACUGACAUGUAAUGGAAUUCGAGAUAAAACUGCAUAUGUUUCAAUGCAACAAUUUACUGAAAUGAAUCUCCUAAGUGAUUAUCGAUUUUUGGAAGAUGUGGCAAGAACAGCAGACCAUAUUUCUAGAGAUGCUUUCUUGAAAAGACCAAUAAGCAAUAAACAUAUGUACUUUAUGAAAAAUCGUGCUCGAAAGCAAGCUAUUAACUUAAAACUUCUACCCAAUGGAUUCACCAAAAGGAAAGAAAAUUCAACAUUUUUUGAUAAGAAAAAUCGACGGUUUUGUUGGCAUGUGAAGCUCCAGUUUCCUCAGAGUCAAGCUGUGUAUGUAGAAAAAAGAGUACCAGAUGAUAAAACUAUUAAUGAAAUCCUAAGAGCUUACAUUGAUCCUGAAAAGUCUGAUCCUGUAAUUCGUCAAAGGUUGAAAGCCUACAUUCACUCUCAGACUGGGGUCCGAAUUUUAAUGAAGGUAGAAAAUAUGCAGCAAAAUUUAGUAAGGCAUAUAAAUAAAAAUUGGGGUUUGUACAAGACUGAGUAGGGUACAGUUCUGUUGUAGCGGAGAAAACAGACAUGAAGUAAAGGUGACUGGGGUACCUGGCAUGGAUCUGUCUUCUGAGAGAUGGAGGUAAGGCCUGGAGAGGCUUAGGGCACAUUGAGUUUCAAGUAGAAGUGGCAUCAUUUUCUCGAACGUUAUUUUCAAAAGGAAUGGCCUUUCUAUACUAAUCCCUUAUUACUAGCCUCCCUUCAGAGUAAGAUUAUAUUGCAUUCCAACAAGAAAUAGUAAAUCCUUUCAGAAUACAUAAUCUGUGGAGAAGUAGACCUUAUUUUACUUUAAGAGGUUCCAGGUUAGACUUUGUAGACCAAAAGUUUUACCAUUACAAAUAAUAAAUUUAUUAAAUCACUACUUCUCAAACCUAACACAAAUUAUGAGAUGUUCCAAAAUAAUCUUUUUGCUCUUAUCCAAAAACCUACAUCAAAGUAGAUCUUCUAUAAAUUUGAAAUAAUGUUAUAAAUUUGAUGCAGACCUUGGAAAGUUACUAAGUUUCUGUUUUCCCAUCUGAAAGUGGGGAUCAAGACAAAGGUAUUGCACUGUUGUGAAGAUUGCUUUCAGGUAAUGCAUGUCAGCUACUUAGUAUGGUGCCAGGCACAUAGCAAAUCACUCUCAGUAGAUAUGUAUUAUUCAUGUAUUACAAGCUGCAACAUUUAGGACAACAUCUUGCUGAGUUGACUCAAUGAAUGUAAGAGUUUUUGUUGUUUUAAUCCUAGAAAUUACUUUUCUUAGUAUCAAUAAAAGGAGGAAAUCUGUUUAAAAAAAAAAGUUCUGUGUGGCUGGCAGUUGACUUAUGCAUUACUUUUUGAAAAAUAAUGGCUUCUUUCAGCCAAAUGAUUUCUUAUACUUCUGGGAAGUACUCUAUAAGUUCAAUAUUAGCUAUGCUCCCAACAGGUCACUCACCACUAACCACAAGGGGGCAGAUACCCAAUCAUGUUAGUUUACAUUUCUUUUGACAUAAAUUAGUAUUGGAAGAAUAUGAAGCUUCAGGGGCUACUUUAUUUAAGAUGUCAUCAACUGUUAUCGCUGUACAAAUGACUCCCAAAUCUAGAGAUAUUUUCAACCUUUCUCCCAGACUUCAAAUCUUAGUUUGCAUGUACUCUUCACUUACACAUCUCAUUAAAUCUUAAACUCAACAUGUUUAGAUCUCAUCACACCACAUCCAUUUGUUCCUAGUGUGUGUUUCUGUGUGUGUUGUUUUAAAUGAGGAUUAAAUGGACUGCUGAUGUUCCUGACAUCUUGUAAACAGUCAAUAAAUAUUGACAGUCAUUCCUUGUUAUUGUCACUGUCAUUCUUCUUGUAAGCAAGGCAUAUGACCUGAGAGCCAUCUUUCACUUCUCCCUCACCACCCUGCCUUACGUGGUCAGCCUCCAUAUGAGCCUUCUGUAUGUUCUCUCCAUUCUUUUGAGAAGAUUAUUGUUUAUCAGUGUCUACAGUGGAGCCUAUCCCUUCCCCCCAACUGGAUGUAAUCCUUAUCCUUUGAGCCUCAAAAACUUCUCAUAGGUUCCUGCAAUCCUGUCUUAUAUUUUAUCCCAAUAAAACAUCCCAUAUGAUGAUAAACUCCCUUUUGAAGACAGUGGCUGCCUUAGGCAUCUUCAUCUUUAUAUUUCCUGCAGUGCUUAGUCAGUGACUUUCCCAUAAUAGGAAUUCAGUUUUAAUUUUUUUUAAUAAGUAGUGUACUAAUGCACUUAAAUAUAUGUGUGCCUGCUAUGUGCUAGGCGUUGAUACCACUUUAAUACUCUAAAGCAGGGUUCGGACAGCUUUUUUGCAAAUGGCCAGACAGUAAAUAUUUUUGGCCUUGUGGGCCAUUCAUUUGCAGUUGUCAAUCCACCAUUGUAGCACAUAAACAGCUAUAGUCAAUACAUAAAUGAAUGGGCAUGACUGUAAGACUUUAUUUACAAAAACAGACAAUGGGCAGGAUUUGGCCUGCUGACCAUAGUUUGCCAAUUCCUGCAGGCUUCAGUUCUCAGUAUGUAAAAUGAGAGAGAGAGAGAGAGAGAGAGAUUAUUAAAACAACUACCAAGUAUAAUUUAAAGUUUCUUCAUGGAUACAUGCAUAUGUAUGGCUGAGUCGCUUUGCUCUGCACCUGAAACUAUCACAACAUUGGUAAUCGGCUAUAUUCCAAUAUAAAAUUAAAAGUUAAAAAUAAAUAAAUAAAUAAAAGUCUUCACAGUCCAUUAAAAACAAAUUAAUUAAUUAAUUAAAGUUUCUUCAGAAAAAGUAGCACCUGUUCAGAGAACAGGCUUUUUGAUAUGUAACCUUGACCUAAAGUAUCAAUGGGUUAAGAUUGAUCAAGUCUUGAACCUGCUGUAUAAAAAAAUAAAUAAAAUAAAAUUCAAAAAUCCCCAAAAAAAAAAAAGAUUGAUCAAGUCUUUAUUUUUCAUUUAUUCAGAUAGUAUUCAUUGAGCACCUUCCAUGUGCCAGCACAGCACUAAGCACCAGGAACACACAGACAUCUAAAAGACUAGCCCUCAAGAUGCUCACAAUCAAGGAGGGGAGAUAGGUAUGUGGUAAUGUUACAAUAGAUAUGUGUUUAAUACAUACGGCAUAGCAGGUGACCAGUGGAAAACACGGGCAUCUUUGCAUGUCAGUUUUUGAUUGAUGCACAGACCAGUUGCCUUUACUCUACUUCCAAAAAUUGGCAUAUAGAGCCAAGAGUUGAGACUUUAAACCCAAGCCAAAUUAAAGCAUUAUCUAAGCUUUGAUUUCAUGAACGUCACAGAAGAUUAUUACUCUUUUUGUGGGGACUACCCUAUUGUACUUGCAGAUUCUAUUAGUUGUUUCCUACUGUGCUGGUUGUAGUUAAUAAUUUUGGAACACUUUUUUCUUUUUUUAAAAAAGGCAACCAGCAAAAGAAUGAGCUAUUUCUCUUGGAUGAUUUUAUUUCCGUGCUGAGAGGAUUUUUUUUAAAUAAAAAACCAAGGUUACUUUAUUUUCUUUGGAUCUGUAACAUGAAGUAUUUAAAAAUCAUUCACUCUGAAGUUAAGAGGUACGACACUUUUUCCUACGCCCUUUUAGAGAAAUUGGUUUCUCUAAAGGCCUCAAGUAAGACCCACCUGAUGUCUUUGUGACUUUUGCUAACACCCACCCACCAGCAAGAAAAGACCCCCUUCUACCUUAAAGCAGAGUGACCUCCCAGUUCACGUUACUUGCUCAGAUUCUGACUUCUUAGAGUCUCACCUCUGCCUGCAAGAUACCACCUCUCAGCCUUUGUUGAUUCUAAGAGUCUAGUCUCUUGCUUGCCUCACCUCGUAGUCCUGCCAGGUCCCUCCUUGCUUUUCACCUAGCCCAUACCCCUGCUGGCCGAUUUUGCUACCUUACCAUAAGCAUCUCUUCUACUGAUCAUUUAACCUGUAUUUCUUUUCUCAGAACAUUGCUUCUCAGAUUUCAGUGUCGACCAUAAUUAUCUAGGACAGAUGAAAAUGUCGAUUUUCAGCCCACACUCAGAAUUUUUGGUUUAGUCAAUCUUACCUAGUACCCAGAAACCUGCAUUUGUUAAAGUCUCUGCCUCCUGAGGGACCCUGAUAUAAGUUAUCUCUGGGACCACACUUUGAGAAACACUGCCGAGGAUGAUAAAAUCCUUGAGGACAUUUUUGAAUCCCAUACAAGUGUCUAACAUGUUUUCUGUAUAAUAAAUAUUUGGUAGAUGUUUAUUCAGUUGAGUUGUUGAAGUUGUGUAAAGAAAUAUGUCAUUUAAUAUUAGGAUGAAUUUUUGAAGUCAGAUUUCUACAUCCUUAAAGAUACUAGUCUGUACCCUUUGCCUAAUUAAACUGGAAGUAGAAAAUUAAGUCUUAUUUCAGGCUUACAGAGAAUGAUUGAAAAGUAUAUUUAAAGAUACUCUAAAUAGGAAAUUUAUAAUAUAUAUGUUAAAAGUUAGGAUUUUUUUAAAAAUAUCCUGCCAUUAGAACUGAAGACCUUGGAAGUUAAGAUUAUUUUGAUAAUAAUGGUACAGAAUUAAAUAUAUGUUAGAGAACAUUAAAGGAAUUCCAGAAUUUCUAAGAACAGCAUUAACUACUUUCAGAUGCCUUGUCUUAUGUAAAUAGCCAGAGACCAUUUCUGCCUUUUAGUUAGAUCCCUUGAAAAUAACUGUGAUGAAGGAAGGGUUAGUGAAUAACAGCAGUGUGCUCUCUAGAUGAGAUUUCUUAAACUUUCUUUUGCUUUCCUUCUGGAAUUUAAUUCUAGUAAUGAGUUCUGCAGUGAUAAAUGGGGGAAAUCACUUAAUCUGAGUCAGUUGUAAACAGCCUUGCAUGUAGUAGAAGAUGCCAUCAUCAGCACUCACCUGUCACAUUAAGAAAUGCAUUCCCAGUAAAGUUUUACUAUAAAUGUUUAUAAUAUAUUUGUGUUUUGAUCAGUUUUGUACUAAUAAUAAUUAUUCAAUCCAGAAGAAAUUUUAACAUUUAAAGCCUUAAGGUCAUAGGUAAUAAAAUUAAAUUUUUAGCUUACAUACACAUUUUUGUUACAGAGAAGUGUGAUUGGGCUAUAAGUAAAAGGUUUUCAAGCAUAAAUGUAUCAGUAUUUAGGAUAAAAUUCUGUGGAGAAUUAGAAUGGAAAUACAAUCAAGGAGAAAAGGAAACUAUAUAAGAUUUCUAACUAUUAAGGAAGAGCUUGUUCAUACAGUUUUUAAAUUGAUGAUACUGGUACCAUUCCCGUUUUACUUAGAUUCUAGUGAAUUUUUAUAAAAGUGAUGUAGGGCUUCCCUGGUGGCGCGGUGGUUGAGGGUCCGCCUGCCGAUGCAGGGGACACGGGUUCGUGCCCCGGUCCGUGAAGAUCCCACAUGCUGCGGAGCGGCUGGGCCCGUGAGCCAUGGCCGCUGAACCUGCACGUCCGGAGCCUGUCCGCAACGGGAGAGGCCACAACAGUGAGAGGCCCGCGUACCACGAAAAAAAAAAAAAAAAAAAAGCGUGAUGUAACAUUUUCAUUCUAAACCAUCAAUAUUUACACUACACCAUAAAUUAUGUUCUUUAUAUCUAUUUUAACUUGUGAGUAAAGACUUUAAAUGAAAUUUCAGAUGUCUUUUAAAAUGUACAAAAGUGUCAUUGUUUUCUGAAAUUAUUUUAGGUUAGGUAUAAGCAGGAAAGUGCGAAGAACCUGAAUAAGUUUUGCCAAAUACACACACACAAAAAUGUUUGCUGCAAGGGUGAUUUAAAAUUGGGGUUAAAUCUAGAGGCUGAUGGAUGUCUUUAUGGAACAUAAUAAGUAUUAAUGACACCCUCUUAUUGAGUGUCUCCUACUGUUUUUUAGGUACUUUGUUAAGCAUUUUAUAUACAUUAUAAUUAUGUUACACUGUACAUACAUUAUACAUUAUAAACAUGUUUAGUUGCACGGAGAGCCCUGACUGCAGCUUUGUAACCACUAACUGGUGAAACCUAGAUCCAAACCUAGGCCCACCUGUCUCCAAAGCCUUUGCAAUAUAGCACAUGCCUCUCAGCACCAUAAAUGACCACAGUGCAUGUUCUUAGAUUAUGUGGAACCCAACCCCAGUUCUUUGUUAUCCCUCUUUGGGAUUAUUGAUUAUUUCCAAAAUGAGAAUCAAGAUCAGGAUGAGUACAUGCUCAAAAUGGUCUUAACCUUUGACCACAUUUUGGACAUAGACUCAAGAACAAAGGAAGCAAGGGAUCAUUUAAGGACUAGAAAAUGUUAGAAUCAACCUGAAGAAUGUCCACACACAUAAAGAAAGUAUGUAGAGUAGGGUGCUAAAUACUUUUAUCAUCUCAGAGAUGACACAUCCAGUGAUGGAAUGGGUUUCAUGUGUGGCAUUCUGCUCGAGGCAGUUUUAUGAUAAGACUUGUAAACUUAGCUCUAGGGAAGUUUACUCUUAGGUAGCUCUAGGGAAGCUGAAGCUCUACUAGUUGGCAGAGCUGGGUGAGUGAAGUUUCAGCUGCUGUGAACUUGAGAAAUUUAAUUUGAGAGGCUGUACUGAAAAGUAGAUCCAAAGUGAUAUGAUGGUCAAAUUCUUAACAGAUUAUGAAGACUACAAUUUCCAUAGUAAUGAUCUCAUUUCAAAUAUGUACUAUUUUGAUUAUUGAUUAAGGGAGUUAUGUAAAAUAUAAAAUGAGAGUUUUCUCUAAAAACUUGGAAAAUAAAUGUUAACCCUCAACUUAAUGUUAAUCCACUAAAUUUAUUCAUUCUAGUUAUGUUACAUAAUAAUUUAUAUCUAACUUUAUAUACUCUUUGGAGAGAGUAAUGACAUAAUUAAUUGAAAUUUCUAGGUGAUUCAGAUACUUCAUUUUAGCCAAAGUGCUUCACCUUUUCAACCAGACCUCUCACUGAAAUUUAUACGUACCAAAACUGUAUGAAUUCUAUGUGUAUUCCCAUAUCCUCUACCUUGUAUAGGUACUUUCUUCCUAGAAAGCCUUCAUCAUUUCAUCUCUAGUGAAUACCUAAUAGUUCACCAUUGUAUUCCCAGUUCCUAGAACAGCAUCUGGUACAUGGUAGACCUCCCUCAGUAAAUAUGUGUUGAGUGAGGAAUAAGCAAACAAGCAAAGAGUUGAGUGAAGAACUCAAAAGAUUGGCUUUACAGUCCUAACUCUGCAUCUCCUUGAGCAACCCUGAGUAAGAUACUUCUCAGGGCUUCAGUGCCCUCACCUGGAAGUCAAAAAAAAGUAGAUUAAGUUCUUUCUAACUCUAAAAUAAUAUAAUUCUAUGGUGUAGUUAAUUCAUGAACUAUUUAACUAACAUUUAAGCAAAAGCUUUUCUGAGGAACGUGAUCAUAUUUUCCAAAGUGAUACUUCCUAAUAAAGAUUGAAAAUGUAAGCGUCUGUACUGAUCAGACUCUUGCAUUUAGUCUAGCACCAGAGGAAGCAUAUGUUUUGUUAACAAGAGUAAGGCUAAUUAAAAUUUCCUGUGUUAAUUAGGAGAAAAUCCAUGGAGGAGGAGGGAUUUUAAGAACCAAUUAAGGAGGGAGAGAGCUAGAGUUAGCAAAUGAAGUGCCUAGAUAUUAUAGGCACUAUAAUAUUUGAAAGAACAUUUGGAGGUGAAUAAGGGACAAGAAAGAAGGUUUAUUCAGUAUCUACUUAGCUUUAGAUUUCUAUCCUGACACUUGUCCCAAUGAAAUGUGAUAGUUUGUUUGUUGACUGGCACUCCCAAUAAAAUGUGGGGUUUAUUUCUUUGAACUUCUAUAACCUAGCAGACUAUCUGUACAUGGUAGACACUAAAUAAAUAUUUGAGGAAUUGAUUGAUUAAUGAAGCUAGGCACUGUUCACAUUUUCACAUGCAUUAAUUCUAAUGAAGUACAUACUGUAUCUCUACAAGAUAGGAAUCUUAGGCUCUGAGAAAUUGACUUAGCCCAAAGAAACCAAGCUACAGUUACAAAGCCUGGAUUUGGACUCAGGUCUUUUUGGCUUUAAAGUUCAUGCUUUUUCUACUAACUAGCCCAUCAUAUAGAUCAUGAAGAUAAUCCCUGAUAAGUAUGUUAUUUCCCUGCUAAAGGUGCUAAAUUACCUUUGAAGUAUAAAGUCUUAUUACUAAUAUCAGUUUGGCAAGUUACACUUUAGAAACAUUUUCACCUGUUAGAUUUAAUCUUUACAAGCUAGCUGGUGAGUAGAUAAGCUUUCCAUCAUUAUACUGAUGAGGAAAACUGAAUACCCUUGAGGAGUCACAGCUUCUAAGGACCUGUGAUAAGAUUGGAACCCAAGCCUUCUGGAUUUAAAAGUAAUUGAGCCUACUAGUGAGAAUUAGGAAAGCCUGAACAAAUAGCACCUAGAACAAAAGCCUUAUAAGGCCCUCUUUAAAGCAUGUUUUAAAAUGUGUAAUUGGUCACUUUAUUUCACCGCAUCCCAUACCUUUUGUGUCGUCAAUAGACGGGAUCAUCUACCAGCGCAUUUCUGACCCGUAGAGCUUUCUGAAUGGAGGCAUGUGUCUGCGCUACCCCACUCAUGACUGGUGCCCCACGUCAAGCAUGCGGAGCCCUCGUUUACACAUUUACAUAAAUUACAUAAAAGUCCCAAAACAAAGUGCAGCAAACCACUAAUUCAGU